AUGUUUGGCUUCGCGGAAGAGUUCCUCUCAAUUCUUCUCAAGCAACCUGUAAAACUGGAACUUGCAUUUGUUGAAAGCGAGGCCGAUGUAGCUUAUAACUACAUCUGAGA